UCCAACAAGAUGGCGGUGGCUCCUGAGAGCAGAGUGCUUUCCUACACUGUUUAUAAAUGGAGUUCAUACUCCUCGACAUAUUUACCCGAGAACAUUUUGGUUGAUAAACCCAAUGACCAGUCUUCCAGAUGGUCAUCAGAAAGCAAUUACCCUCCACAGUACUUGAUCUUAAAACUGGAGAGACCAGCUAUUGUACUAAGCAUCACCUACGGCAAAUAUGAGAAAACGCACGUCUGCAACCUCAAGAAGUUCAAGGUGUUUGGAGGCAUGAGUGAGGAAAACAUGACUGAACUCUUGUCCAGUGGCCUUAAGAAUGACUUCAACAAGGAGACUUUCACGCUGAAGCACAAGAUCGAUGAGCAGAUGUUCCCUUGCAGAUACAUUAAAAUAGUGCCUCUGAUGUCAUGGGGCCCCAGUUUUAACUUCAGUAUCUGGUACAUUGAGCUGCACGGGAUCGAAGACCCAGAUGUAGUCCAGCCUUGCCUUAACUGGUACAGUAAGUACCGCGAACAGGAGGCCAUCCGUUUGUGUCUGAAGCACUUCCGGCAGCACAACUACACCGAGGCCUUCGAGUCGCUGCAGAAGAAGACGCGUAUAGCGCUGGAGCACCCCAUGCUCACACACCUCCACGAGCGUCUGGUUCUCCGUGGAGACUUUGACGCUUGUGAGGAGCUCAUCGAUAAAGCUGUGAGAGAUGGCUUGUUUAAUCAGUACAUCAGCCAACAGGAGUACAAGCCACGCUGGAGUCAGAUCAUCCCCAAAUGCACCAAAGGUGACGGGGAUGACAGUAGGCCCGGGAUGAGAGGUGGUCAUCAGAUGGUGAUAGAUGUGCAGACGGAGACCGUGUAUCUGUUUGGAGGUUGGGAUGGCACGCAGGACUUGGCAGAUUUCUGGGCCUACAGUGUGCAGGAGAAUCAGUGGGCCUGUAUCUCCAGAGACACCGAGAAAGAGAAUGGUCCCAGUGCACGUUCCUGCCACAAGAUGUGCAUCGACUCUCAGAGGAGGCAGAUCUACACGCUGGGCCGCUACCUUGACUCCUCCGUCCGAAAUAGCAAGUCUCUGAAGAGUGACUUCUACCGGUACGAUAUCGAUGCGAACACGUGGACGCUGCUCAGCGAGGACACCUCUGCGGACGGAGGCCCUAAACUUGUGUUCGACCACCAGAUGUGCAUGGACUCGGAGAAGCACAUGAUCUAUACGUUUGGCGGUCGGAUCCUGACGUGUAACGGCAGCGUAGACGACGGACGCACGUCAGAGCCACAGUUCAGCGGCCUGUAUGCCUAUCAGUGCCAAGCAGGUACCUGGAGCCUUCUGAGGGACGACUCGUGCAACGCCGGACCUGAAGACGUGCAGUCUCGCAUCGGCCACUGCAUGCUCUUUCACACGAGGAAUCGCUGCCUGUACGUGUUUGGAGGCCAGCGGUCCAAGACGUACCUGAACGACUUCUUUAGCUACGAUGUGGACGCUGACCACGUCGAGAUCAUCUCAGACGGCACCAAGAAAGACUCUGGCAUGGUCCCGAUGACCGGCUUCACCCAGCGUGCCACCAUCGACCCAGAGCUGAACGAGAUUCAUGUUCUGUCAGGCCUUAGCAAAGACAAAGAUAAACGAGAGGAGAACGUCCGCAAUUCCUUCUGGAUCUACGACAUCGCCCGCAACAACUGGUCAUGUGUGUAUAAGAAUGACCAAGCUGUGAAGGAGAACCCCAGUAAGACACUACAGGAGGAGGAGCCGUGCCCUCGGUUUGCUCACCAGCUCGUGUACGAUGAGCUGCAUAAGGUGCAUUACCUGUUCGGGGGGAACCCAGGCAAGUCAAGCUCUCCUAAGAUGAGACUGGACGACUUUUGGUCUCUGAAACUCUGCCGCCCAUCUAAAGAAUACUUACUGAGACACUGCAAAUAUCUCAUCCGCAAAUACAGGUUCGAGGAGAAGGCUCAGACUGAACCACUGAGCGCCCUGCAGUAUUUGCAGAAUGAUCUCUCUCUGACCGUGGACCACUCUGACCCUGAUGAGACUAAAGAGUUUCAGCUCCUGCCCUCCGCGCUCUUCAAGUCCAGCUCAGACUUCAUCCCACUCGGCUUUUCGGAUGUAGACCAGACAUACGCCCAGCGCACGCAGCUCUUUGACACACUGGUAAACUUCUUCCCUGACAACAUGACCCCGCCCAAGGGUAACCUCGUCGACCUCAUUACCCUGUAGCCACGCCCACCGAGCGCUCUCCCUUCACUCUUUACGCCUCUAAGAAAGACUGAUCCCACUGAAACCAGAAGUUAUUUUUCUACAUCCACUUCAGAAUCGCCGUGCUGACCAAAUGCGGUUCCUUCACAAGCAGGAAAGUAUUCCGGGCUGCCCUUGAUGAGAAUUUAACCAAAACAAGAAAACUGGAACGUUACCUACUUUACUCUAUUUAUUCACCCAAGUCUGAAAUCAAAGUCCCUGAAGCGUCUGCCGCACUCGUGUCCGUUUCUUUCCUCUCAGGAGGCGUACAAGGAAGGUGUAAUCCACAAAUCCAAAACUCGCUGUUUUUCCUCUUUUAUUCCAGUCAGACUCGGUUUCAGGUCGAGCUCAGCUUUCGUCUCUAUUUCAGUUUGUGAAGGUUUAAUGCUCAUUGUCGUAAAGGGUGUACAGUUAGGGAUGGCGUCCAUGGCUGUUACGCGGCCCUCGACGGAGUCUCGCACACUUCGGUGAUUUGGUUUAUUGAACGAAUGUGGGUUUUGAGUUGCACAAUUUGGUUUUGCUUGGUAAUGUUUUGCCAAAUGAAGAGGAGUGUGGUUACGUGGAAAGUUUGCACUCUUUGUUUCUCAGCUUACAGGGUGGAAAUUGUGUGAAUGCAUCCUUGUCCUUGCUGUUUGUUUGUCUGGAAAAUAGAUUUAAAUAGCGGCCUCGUUCUGAACCUGCUGCUUUUAGAGUAAUAGGUCGACUUAGCUACAGAGGAAUAAGAAGUCGUGAGCACAUUUUGGUGGUAUAAUUCGAUCGGCGUGCUUCGGAUGAAAUUCUCCUCACCGGUACUAAAAGACUCGUUUCCUUCCCGUUAGUGCCAUAGCAGCAUCAUGUGUCUAAUUUAUCUCUGUCCGAAAGUAAUAAAGUCCAUAAGAUUUCUCUCACCUAAAGCCGUCUCCGAAACAAUACAGUGAUCAUGCGGAAUGUUAUUAGAUUGGAGACCGCAGACUCCUGCAGUGUGAAAUUGUCCACUGAGCCUCACUGGAGAUCUCUAGGUGCAUGUGUGUGUGUCUGUGUUGAAGCUUGCACUCGUCUUCUGAGUUUCGGGAUUUGAAGUACUGGAUACCACGAUGUUUGAUUUUAGGAAUUCUGCUGUAUGGUGGCACGACCGAACAUGGCGGAAUGUUAUUUGGAGGUCGUCUUCCGUACAACGUAGCGUGUAAAUAUCGCCGUGCGUGUAUAUAAAAUCUACUAUUUGAAGUAUUACUAAUAACCUAAUUUUUGAAGGUUUCCCCCUGAAAGCAGGACAUCAUGUUUGAUUUAUCGGUGUUGAUCAUUCGUUCAAACCUAGCUUGUGCUUUUCGGAGGUGUAUUAUAUUAAAGGUGCAGGUCAGAGUACGGUUUAUCCCAUGUAAAGCUACAGUAUGUACACACCUGUAUAAAAUCAGAUCAGUCAAGAAAAUACAUCCUUAACAUGUAGUGUAAAUCUUAGAGGUUCUUGCUUUAACCUGUCCUACAUCUCUGCCCAUUUCUUCAUUCCAGCACUCGUUUUGAGAGAUCCUGGCGUAGAGCAGCGCAUUUUUUUUUUUUUUGAAUCAGUUUAAUUACCAUUGUCAAGCUGAUUUAUAGUGUGUGAGUUUCAUUUAUUUUCCCAUUCAUAGCCUGUGUUUUCCUGAUUAAAUCCCUGAUUGUGUGUUUCCUGGGCUUGAGUGCAAUUAGAGCUGCUGCUGCAUGCUGCAGUCAUUUCGUAAUUUUGGGUUUUGUGCCAGCAAGAAGGUUAAACACGUGGAUUGUGAAAAAUGUAAAAGAGGAAAAACACAAUGGGAGCGCCUUUUAUAAAACAACCUUUUGGCUCUGUCUCUUUUCUUUCUUUCUUUCUUUCUUUCUCCGUCCUGGAAAACAUCUCACUUUUCUUCCUCUCUCGUCUCCUGAGCGAGGACAUCGGGACAUGUGAACACUACACUGUGGCAGACAUGAAUGUGUAGAAAAUACUUUAAAACAAAAGCAUUGUAUGUAAUGUACAUAACGAAUAAAGAUUGUAUUUUGUUCAGGUUUUCUAAAA